AUGGGAACCCGAACCUUCUUCCACUACAGAGAGGAGGAACAAAAGGAAGAGAGACAACAGAGCUUGCAAAUGACCUCUUCAACUAAAAAGAAAAAGUUCAAAACCAGUGAGGAAGAAGAGACUUUCACCCUGUCAGAAUUAUCCAUAGCAGCUGCCCUUGCCUUGACCUCUGAAACAUCACAGGAUUACAAGCUAAAAAGAGAAGCUGACAUCCUAGAGCUAGAGCAGAGGGGACAAAAGAGAGUUCGGUUUGGGAAUGAUAUGGAAAAGUUGGAAAAGGAAGUUAUUAGGAACUGCAGACUGCUGCGUGUGAGAGCUGACCGAAAGGCCCUUCGGAGGAAGGCUGUAAAAAAGGCACAAAUGGAGAAGGAAUACAUUGAGCUGUGUUCAGGGAGACCACCUAUGUUCUGGAUCCCACUCAGAGUACAUGCAGUCUGGGAGAGGAUGGAAGUGAAGCUGGCAUGUACAGUCCUGGCUUCCCCACCACCACAAGUUACUUGGUAUAAAAAUGGAGUCCGUAUUGAUCCUCGCCUAGCUCCAGCGGGGAAAUACCGGAUAAAAAACAAGUUUGGUAUGCACACCCUGCACAUCAGUAGAUGCUCCAUGGAGGAUUCUGCUGAAUAUAGUGUUGAAGUUAAGAACCAAUACGGUGAGGCUUACUCAUUUGCUACAGUGCUUGUCAGGAAACAUUAUGGAAAGGAGUCAGGAUUUGAUUCAGAAAUAUACAGAAGGUCUCUCAUUGCCAGAGAGCCAGAUUUUGCCUUUUCACUGAAAUCCUUAUUCUCAAGGGAGAAGGAGCCUUUCACCCUUUCCUGUUAUUUCUUCGAUCUACUUGAACACCAACGAGACAUUAGUUGGUUCAGAGAUGGUGAGUUGCUGCAGAAUUCUGAAUACCGGAAAUUAAAGUAUCAAGACCAAGAGGCUUCUCUGACAGUGUCAUGUGCUUACAAAGAAGAUGAGGGAUUCUACACUAUCCAUGUUCCCACACUGGAUGGAUACAAAGAACAGACUACUUACGUGUUUGUUAGAGAUGCUGCAGCAGAAACAGCUGGUGCACCUGGAUCCCCCCUCAAUGUGAAAUGCCAUGAUAUAAAUAAAGAUUGCUUGAUUCUUUCUUGGGUAGCACCCAGUGAUAAUGGAGGAAGUCCAGUCCUGGGAUAUUAUGUUGAAAGAUGUGAUGCUGGUUCAGAGGAUUGGGUGCCAUGUAACAACAAGCCUGUGAAAACCUGCAGAUUCCCUGUUUUGGGCCUUGUUGAAGGACAGACAUACCAGUUCCGAGUAAAGGCUGUCAAUAAAGAGGGUAUCAGCCUUCCUUCUAAAAGCAGUGAUCCAGUUACAACAUACGACCCCAGCAAGAACAAAAGAGUGACAACUAUUCCAUACAAUGACGGCAAGACAAUAGAAAUUUUCAAGGAUGACUUGGAAGGACAUAUUAAAAUCCCCUUGCCACCCACCAAUGUUCAUGCAAGUGAGGUCAGAGAAGAUUAUGUGGCCUUGGCUUGGGACGAGCCAGAUCCAAGAGGUAGAGAACCACUGAAUUAUUACGUGGAAAAGUCAAUUGUAGGCAGCAACUCCUGGCAAAUGGUUAAUCUGGAUAUGCCAGUUAAUUCCCCAAGAUUUGCACUCUUUGAUCUUGUUAAAGGAAAAUCAUACUGUUUCCGCGUGCGAUCUGUUAACAAGUAUGGAAUCAGUGAGCCAUCCCUGCCUAGUGAGCCCAUAACUGCUGGAGCAAAAUUGGCUACUCUACCGCCUCCAUCUCAGGUUUUAGCUUUCAGAGACACCAAGACAUCUGUUGCUUUGCAGUGGGAUAAGUUAAAAGAUGGUCUCGAGCCUCUUGGCUACUACAUAUAUUGUCGGGAGACUGGGACAGAAGAAUGGCAGACUGUCAAUAAUAAGCCAGUGGCAUGUAACAAAUUUACUGUUCCUGGGCUGCAGCCUGGAAAAGAGUAUGUUUUUUGCGUGAAAUCUGUCAGUGAGGCAGGACUGAGCGAAAGCUCACCGGAAACAGAUCCCAUCGUUGUAAGGCCAGCUAUUGCUUGCCCAUCAGCACCGCAUGGGUUUGUUCUUCUACACUGCGGGAAGACUGACAUGACCAUUUGCUGGAAACCCCCGAAGCGCAAAGGAGGAACAAAGAUUUUGGGUUACUUCCUAGAUCAGCAUGAUGCAUCUGAACUAGACUGGCACGAAGUCAAUAUUCAGCCAAUUCCUCAACGAGUUUACAAGGUGAGCAACCUCGAGGAAGGACAUCUGUAUGAAUUCCGGGCACGUGCAAUGAAUAUGGCUGGUGUUGGGAAAGUAUCUGAACCUAGUGACUUGUUCAAAUGUGAGGAAUGGACAAUGCCAGAACCAGGUCCUCCCUACGAUGUGAAGUUCACUGAAGUAAGAGAUACAUCCCUGAUGCUACACUGGGAAGCACCAUUGUACACAGGAGUGGGUCCAAUUACAGGGUAUUAUGUAGACGUGUGUGAAGAAGGGUCAGAGGAAUGGAAGCAAAUAAAUAAGCAGUCCAUAGCCAGCACCCAUAUGAAGGUUUCAGACCUGGAGACAGGGAAAUCACUUAUUUUCCGAGUAAGAGCACUGAAUAAGGCUGGAAUUGGUCCCCCCUCUCUCCCUUCAGAUCCAGUGGUGGCAAAAACCAAACCCGGCACAAAUGAAAUUGAACUUGGAGUCGACGAGGAGGGUUUCAUUUACAUGGCUUUUGAAGCUCCUGAAAAGAAUGAUUCAUCUGAAUUUAUCUGGUCAAAGGAUUAUGAAGGACCACCAGAUUCUGACAGAGUUCGAACUGAAGAGAAAGGCAAUAAAUCUAAGCUUAUACUGACAGACCCAUCAGAAAAGGAUCUGGGUAUAUAUUCAGUGGAGGUCACAGAUGUAGAUGAUGAUAUCUCUGCCAGCUGUACUUUAACACAAGAAGAUCUGGACAAGUUACUGAAACGUAGCCAUGAAAUCAGGAAUCCAUUGAUCAAGCUAAUAUCUGGAUGGAACAUCGAUGUUCUUGAGAAAGGAGAAGUGCGGCUGUGGCUGGAGGUUGAAAAGCUGUCACCAAACGCAGAGCUGCAUUUGAUCUUCAAUGGGAACGAGCUCAAAAGUACUCCAACACAUAAAAUAAACUUUGUCAGAGAAAAAGGUCUGGUAGAACUUAUAAUCCAGAAUUUCUGUGAUGAGGAUAAAGGGACGUACACAGCCCAGCUGCAAGAUGGGAAAGCUAAAAAUCAAUUCACUCUAGACCUUGUGGAUGAACGUUUUGAUAAAGUUGCAGAGGAGGCUCAUGCAAAACGGAGAGAAUGGAAGAAAAAGCAGGGUCCUCAUUUUAUAGAAAACUUGAAAUGGAAGGUUACUGAGAACUGUGAAGUACUGCUUACCUGCAAGGCAACAAACCUGAAAAAGGACACAAGCUUUCAAUGGUUCUUCAAUAAGAAAGCACGAACAGGCGACGUGUUUGAUCAACAAACGGGGAUAGGAACUCUUCGGAUUAAAAAGAUAACCAAAGCAGAUGAGGGCCAAUACAAAGCACUUGUUUCAGAUGACCGAGGAGAGGACUACACCCAACUUGAUCUCACAAAAGGAGCUUUUGAAGACCUUCUCAAGGAGCUGUGCAGGACCAGUGCUCUUUCUGCUACACCUCUGCAAAUUCAGCCUACCGAAGAAGGCAUCAAAAUCUACACUGAAGUGAAGUACUACACAGACUACAUGAAAACAACCUGGUAUCACCAGGAGAAACGACUAGAAAGUCGUGAGAGACUGAAAACUGGGAGUACUGUGAAUCAGAUCUGGCUUCACAUACUGAACCCCACAGAUGCUGAUAAAGGAAAAUAUACCCUGGAGUUAUUUGAUGGGAAAGACUCUCACAAACUAUCAACUGACUUGUCUGGGCAAGCCUUUGAAGAUGCCCUGGCUGAGCAUAAAAGGCUAAAAGAAGCAGCGGUAGCAGAGAAGUGUCGUGCCAGAGUUGUUCAAGGUCUGCCAGAUGUUGCCACCAUCAUGGAGGAGAAGACCCUGUGUUUAACUUGCUGCGUAUCUGGAGAUCCUUACCCAGAAAUCACUUGGUUCAAAAAUGAGAAGGUUAUCAUCUUUAAAGAUCGUUACAAAAUGGAUGUGAAGGGGACAGUCGUCACAAUUACCAUUGAGAAAGUCUGCAAUGAAGACACAGGAAAAUACAGCAUCUAUGUCAAGAACAAAUAUGGUUCUGAAACAGGGCAGGUUACUAUCAGUGUUUAUAAGCAUGGAGAGAUACCAACAGGAGUGGAAGCAGAGUAAAUCCCAGGUGGGAGUAUACCAAGACAGCCUACGUGAAUUAGGCAUCUAGAUCCAUUUAAUUUAAAAGGAAUUUAACAUCUUUGGAUUCCUUUGAAUGUCUCAGCCCUAUAACUCAGGCUCAUGUCUCUCUUUAUAUGUAGAAAAUAAUUCUCAAUGUCUUUCACUGGAAAACAUGCCAAACUUAAGUGAUAUAAGAUAUGUGGAA